AUGAUGUUCCCCAGCCUCAUCGCGCCGCCGGCCGUCUACCCCAGCCUGCUGCGCCCCACUCCCACCCUCACCUUGCCUCAGUCGCUGCAGUCGGCUUUUUCCAGCCAUUCCAGCUUCCUGGUGGAAGAUUUGAUCCGGAUCAGCAGACCCACCGGUUACCUGCCCAGGACUGCCCCCCCGCCUAGCAUGUCCCCCCCGACCUCGGCGGCCAGGACGACGCGGGGGACCCCCGAGCUGCCCAGCUCCACCGCCGGCUCCCGCAGGAUCUGUUCGCCCCAGGCUUCCAGCGGCGACUCCACUUUCCUCAAGUUCGGCGUCAACGCCAUCCUCUCCUCCGCCCCCCGCGCCGAAACCUCCCCUGCGCUGCUCCAGAGCGUCCCUCCAAAGACUUUCUCCUUCCCGUACUUUGAAGGAUCCUUCCAGCCCUUUAUCAGAUCUUCCUAUUUCCCAGCCACCUCCACCGUGGUCCCCAUCCCUGGCACCUUCUCCUGGCCACUGGCCGCCCGCGGCAAGCCCCGCCGUGGCAUGCUGCGUCGGGCCGUCUUCUCUGACGUGCAGCGCAAGGCGCUGGAGAAGAUGUUCCAGAAGCAGAAGUACAUCAGCAAGCCUGAUAGGAAGAAGUUGGCGGCCAAACUGGGCCUCAAGGACUCACAGGUGAAGAUCUGGUUCCAGAACAGGAGGAUGAAGUGGAGGAACUCCAAAGAAAGAGAGCUCCUCUCUUCUGGUGGCUGCAGAGAACAGACCCUACCCACCAAGUUUAACCCUCACCCAGACCUCAGUGACGUAGGCAAGAAAUGUUCAGGAGAGGAGGAGGAGGAGGAGGAGGAGGUCCCCCCUGAGUGCCCACCCAGCCCCCAGCAUCCCUUAACCUACCACCAGUCCCCAGAACAUCUACACUUGAGGGACAGACUGGACUCCCAGAUGUCUCCAUCCCAUUCUAGCAGCCCCAGCAAACCUUCAGACUUCUCAGACUCAGAGGAAGAGGAUGAUGAAGGGGAAGAAGAAGAGGAGGAGAUAACAGUCUCUUAG